CAGAACAUAAGGUUGACAGAUACUCGGGGACUGCACUUACCUGAUAAUCUUCAAGAAGGGCGAGACCGGUCGUGGACUGUCGAAGAGUUUUCAGCAACCUUGCUAGAUGACCAAACUCAAAGUGGGCCUGUAUGUUGUUUCAGUAAUUCAUUCAUCGAACAGCGCCUUUGUGAAAAUAACAUAAGGUUGACGGAAACCCGGGAACUGCGCCUACCUGAUGAGCCCCAAGAAGGGCGAAACCGGUCGUGGGCUGUCGAUGGAUUUUCAGCAACCUUAUGGGUAGUACAUUACAAAUAUACGGAUGUACUUGUUUUUCCUGCCCUGCAGUAUUAG